AUGUGUCAAGCAGAGUGUUUCGGAAACUUCCACAGGAAGUGCCAACAUUAUGUCAAGCUUUACGAGUCGGGGAAUAAGACAGACUGCGGAUCACCGACGUGCGGACUCAGUUCGUCGCAUAAGCAUACGGCAAGGAAUUGUCCAUGCCCCAAAGUGCGGCAGGAAGACCGUAAAGUUCUCAACUUAAUUCAAGAUCGUUGUGAUGCGUGCAAGACGGCAGCGUGGGCCUCCAUCGAGCUUGAAUCAGGUCGAGUGUGGUGA